GGGAGGUGUUGGUCCUUCUAGUACGCAAUGCGUAAGCAGUCAACCGGGUCGAGAAGAGUCGAGAUUUAUGUCUAGCGUACAUCAGUUGUCCAUCACAUCGAUAAACGUUCCGGAGUGCAAACCAGCUGAGGAGGAUGAUAUUCAUCGACACUCAUUCGAGAUGUGGAGAGAUCUUCUGAUGGAUUCAAUGAAGUUAGCUGGGAUAGAAGAUGAAACAACAAAAUUUACCGUUUUCAAAGUGAAAGCAGGACCAAGAUUGUUGGAGAUUUUCAAGAGUACAAAAUCUGACCCUAGUGCCCCAGAUCAAUUGGAAAGGCCGUUCUCCAAUGCCUUGUACAGACUGAAAUCAUAUUUCGGCUCAGGGUCAGAUGUAAUGUUACAAAGACGGAAACUCGCUUUAAUGUUUCAGAAAGCUGAAGAAACAGAUUUAACAUUCAUAAACCGAGUAGGAGCAACGGCGCGAAUGUGUGACUUUGAUGAGGAUAAGGAAUUCGAGCAAAUUGUCGGCACCAUCGCAGAACAUGCCCACAAUAAGGAAGUUCGUGCUACCGCUCUAAAGAUGCUCAGCAGAAAAGGAACAUUUACCGAUUUGGUAGACAAAGUACGCGAGAUAGAAGCAAUUCGGCUCAAUGAAGAAUUUUUUAAGCGUAAACAUGGAAAUUCAGAACAAGCCGUCUUAGCACCGGUUUCCGCCGAUUUCCCACGCCGAAGUAUUCAACGGAAAUUUGUGCAUCGUUCCAAUAUAGGAGGAAACCAUCAUCAGCGCGGUAAUCAGAGAUUUCACCCUUUUAACGGCUCGGGAGAAAACUUUCGCAGAUUCGGAGUAGAUAAUAGACGUCGCGGAGGCAAUAUAAGUAUAGGUAUGUCACGCCAACGCAAGUGUUGGAGAUGUGACAGUGCCUUCCAUUCGCCGGCCGAUUGCAGAGCCAUCGAUAAAGUAUGCCAUAGUUGCGGCCGUAUUGGGCACCUUCAGAGGGCGUGUCGUUCAUCGAAUCUCCGUGAUGCUAAGAGCCCAACUGGAAAGGAUAGUCAGUCUCAAGAACCAGCUGCAAAAUUAAUUGCAUAUGUUGAAAAGGAAGAAUCAAAUGAUUCAGUUGCGGAAAAUAGUCAUGUGGAGUAUUGCAUGCCUGCGCAAUUGGCAACUGUAAUGGAACAAAGUAAAGGCGGACUCAUAUCAGCUACCGUAGCAGGUAUGCCUUGUCAAUUUUUGAUUGAUUCUGGGGCGCAAGUCAAUACGUUCACGGAAGAUUUAUUCAUUAAACUAAAAAAGGAUCAGUUCCAUAAAAACGAAAUAUUCAACAUACAAGAUAAAUCUGAUCGAACCCUUAAACCAUACGCGUCAUGCAAUGUCAUCAAGGUAUUAGCGACAUUUGAAGCUUUUUUGCAUAUUACGGAUAACAGACCGGUAUUGCUCGAGAAAUUUUACGUUGUAAGAGAGAUUCGGUCACUUCUCAGUAGAGCAACAGCAACUAGAUAUAGCGUAUUGCUCCUAGGUCUUAGCGUACCAGUUACAGAUGAGGGAUCAAUGCUUAACAUAGAAGUAAAUCCAGUUGCGAUUGCACCCAUAACUGAUCAAGAGAGUUUCCCUAAAUUGAAUAUUCCUCCUGUGAAGAUUAGCUACAAUAAAUCGAUAGCGCCAUGUAGGAAUAUCUUCAUGAAUAUACCUAUAGCGGUUACACCACUUGCGAAAGAACGACUUCAUCAAUUGAUCUCGACGGAUAUCAUUGAACCGGUUGUAGAGGAAAUGGAUGUAUCGUUUUGUUCAUCCAUGCUUGUAAUUCCUAAAGGUAAUAAAAAAAGUUCAUUUAAUAUAGUUUCCAAAUCCAGACGUUAAAAAAAAUCUUUGCGUGGUUUCAGGCAAAAACGAUAUUAGACUCGUCAUUGAUCUUAGAGGACCCAAUAAAUAUAUUUAUCGAACGCCUUUCACCAUGCCCACGCUGGAUAGUAUUCUCGCGGAUCUAAACGGAGCUCGUUGGUUCUCAACUAUUGAUCUUACCAACGCUUUUUUCCACAUCGAGCUAGAUGAAGAAUCUCACCAUUUGACCACUUUCUGUACAGAAUUUGGAAUGUUUCGCUGUGUUCGGCUGCCUUUCGGACUGUGUAACGCACCGGACAUAUUCCAGGAAGUUCUGCAGCGAAAAAUACUAAUGGGAUGCAAGGGUGUGCGUAAUUAUUUAGACGACAUCCUUGUAUACGGCAAAACAAAAGAGGAACACGACGAGAAUUUGGCGCUUGUAAUGGAACGACUUCGUGAGCAUAAUGUGAAACUGAACAUGUCCAAAUGUGUGUUUGGAAGUCAAUCAGUGAAGUUUCUGGGGUUUGUUUUAACUGAUCGCGGCUGGAAAGUUGAGGAUGGAAAAAUAAGCGCAAUCAGAGAUUUUAGACGACCUGUGAGUUGUGCUGAAGUCAAGAGCUUCUUAGGAUUAGUAACGUUCGCUGAUCGAUUUAUUUUUAAACGUGCUGAUAAAACUGAACAUCUGCGAGCACUGGCUAAUGGAGAUCGUUUCUACUGGACUAAUAAUGAAGAAAAAGAAUUUGAAUUCCUGCGCAACGAUGCAUUAAAGUCAAUCAAAAGGCUAGGCUAUUACGACCCAGACGACCAAACAGAGCUACUUGUGGAUGCCUCUCCUAUUGGUUUAGGGGAUGUGCUCAUACAAUUUAAUAAAUCAUCAAUACCCCGAAUAAUAGCUUGCGCUUCCAAAGCCCUCACGGUCACUGAGCAGCGAUACCCCCAAACGCACAAAGAAGCCUUAGCAGUCGUGUGGGGAGUGGAACGAUUCUCUUCGUACCUCCUUAGUAAAAAAUUUGUCAUUCGAACCGAUUCUGAAGCAAAUGAAUUCAUUUUCAAUAGCAAUCACAGACUUGGUAAACGGGCUGUCUCACGAGCCGAAACGUGGGCCCUACGUUUGCAACCAUAUGAUUUUUCUAUCAAACGAGUUCCGGGAGAACAAAAUAUUGCAGAUGCGCUUUACAGAUUAAUCCACAAAUCUCAAGAAGCAAUACCAUUUGAAACCGAUAACGACAGCCAUUUCUUAUACGCUCUUGAUCCAGGAUGCAUGGAACUAACAUGGCAAGAGAUUGAAACAGCUGCAGAACAAGAUAUAGAGAUACAGAUGGUUCGCAUGGCUCUACAAACUGACACUUGGCAUGAAAAGUUAUUAAAGUAC